CCGAGCUCCAUUUCAAAAUCACACCACAACAAUAUCGGCCCCAACCCGGUAUAUGACCUCGACUUCCCACAGCCCGCGGCACCUCAACACUUCGAGCAGAAAGCUUGAUAAAAUUCAAAAAUAAAAAAGAACCGGCUGGGGAAAGCAAAGGAGGAAAGAACAAUGGCAGUCUUUCAGAACCGCAAAUACCGCUCAGCGGCAGAGUCCAACACCUUCGGGGCGCGCUACCGCGCCAUGAUGGCCAAGCGGCCCUUCUUGCUCUUCGGUCUACCCUUCAUGACCGUUAUCGUGGGUGGCUCCUUCGCGCUCACCCCGGCGACGGCGAUCAGGUACGAGCGGCACGACCGGAAAGUCCGGCAGAUGACGCGCGAGGAGGAGCUUGGUCUGGGCAAAUCGGGCAGGAAGGUUGACAUUCGGGAGGAGUACUACAGACUGGCAGCAAAAGACCUCGACAACUGGGAACAGAAGCGAGUCAAGCGGCUCAAGGGGGAGAGCGACGGUAUCCUGUGACGAGGCAGGCAGUGCACAAGUCACAAAUGCGCGACCAGAGGCGAUGGUUAGCUUUUCGAUGCGCGCUGCCUCCUCGCACCGCCCGUCGGAGUGAAGAGCUUCCUUGCCUUCAUUACACUACUCUCACGCAGGCUAUACCCUUCAUGAUCUCGCAUAAGCGCUAGCUCUCGUGUCUACACGGUGUCUCCCUGGAGGGAGAAAGAGAGAGGGAGAGAGAGAGAGAGAGACUCAAACUGCAAAACAUUGGGUGUUGCGGGCUGCUGCAUCGAAGAGAGGUACCUCCUCAAGCGACCACUAAUCCUCUCUUUACCAGGACAAGCACGUCGGGAUAGUGCACCCACUUCAUUUCCGUUUCCUGUUCUCCCGCCCCCAGCAAGACAGACCAAGCCAGGUUAUGCACACGGGCCCCGAUUCGAGGCGCUGGCGACAAGGUUGAUCGCAUUGCUGCGACACGGGUCGGUAUCACAGAAAAAAAACAAAGCGCAUCGGAAAGCUGAAGCUUGUGGCGGUUCACAUUGGGGGAUCGGUGUGGAGAGUAAGCAGCGCAAUCUGGGUACCACGUGCGUCAAUGUGCACCCGACUCAGGGAGGUUGCAUCGGGUCUUCAAAGCGGGGCAGAUCUGUCAUGGGUAUCCGUACGUACAGGUACCUACUUGAUAAGGACAAUGAACGGGUCGGCAUUUCGCGGCUGUCCGAGGCCGCCACGAGAGAUCGGGGAUUGUCCAGGCCCUAGAGCAAAACCACUGAGGUUCGAGAUGUUGUUAUGUGAUGCGCUCGACGUGGUAGCGAGUCGGGGAGCGCAUGACGAUUUACAACCCACGGCGUUACAGGAUGUUACGCUCAAUUUAGCGGAAUAGUGUUUGUUGUUUGCUUUGCCUGUGACCGUCACCAAGGAUCCUUGGACUGACAGCGCUCGGAUUCCUCGAGUGUUUCAGAGGGUCAAGUAUUCG